AUGGCGACCGCGACGACAGCUUCGGCUGCGCCAACCUCGACCGUCCGGGUCGCGCCGCAAGGCGGUAUCCUGGAGGGCGCCAAUCCGUCCGUGUACGAUCCGAAGAACCCUCUCACAAUCUUCAUUAUCCAGGUCGGACUCAUCGUCAUCCUCUGCCAUAUUCUGCACUGGCCUCUGUCCAAGAUCCGUCAGCCCCGAGUCAUUGCCGAGGUCAUCGGAGGAAUCAUCCUUGGUCCCUCUGUAAUGGGCCAUAUCCCCGGUUUCAGAGACGCCAUCUUUCCUGCUGCUUCAAUCCCCAACCUCACUCUGGUCGCAAACCUGGGUCUUGUUCUCUACCUGUUCAUGAUUGGUCUCGAGACUGAUGUCCGAUUUCUGUUGAGCAACUGGCGUGUGGCCACCUCUGUCGCUUUUGCUGGAUUGGCCCUGCCCUUUGGCGUUGGCUGCGGUCUCGCCUGGGGUAUUUACAAUGCUUUUCGUGAUGACCCCGGCAUCAAGCCAAUUGACUUUAGCGUCUACAUGUUGUUCGUCGGUAUCGCGGUUGCCAUCACUGCUUUCCCGGUGCUUUGCCGUAUCCUGACCGAAUUGAAGCUGCUCGAUACCCCAGUUGGUGUUAUUACUCUGUCUGCUGGUGUUGCAAACGAUGUCGUCGGAUGGAUCCUGCUGGCUCUCUGCGUUGCUCUAGUCAACGCUGGCCAGGGACUUACUGCGCUGUGGAUUCUUCUCGUUGCCGUCGGCUAUGUCAUUCUCCUCGUUGUCAUUGUCAAACCCACCUUGCGAUUUGUGUUGCGGAAAACGAACAACUUGGAGAAUGGCCCAUCGCAAAGCGCCAUUGCCCUCAUCCUCCUCAUCGCUCUCACCUCCGCCUUCUUCACGGGAAUCAUUGGAAUUCAUCCCAUCUUUGGAGGAUUUGUUGUUGGUUUGGUCAUUCCACGUGAGCACGGCUUCAAUAUCCGCGUCAUUGAAAAGAUGGAAGAUCUCGUCGGUUCCAUUUUCCUGCCUCUUUACUUUACCCUCUCGGGUCUCAGCACCAAUCUGGGCCUCCUCAACAAUGGAACCGCUUGGGGCUAUGUCUUUGCUACUACCUUUGUUGCCCUCAUCACCAAGAUCAUUGGCGCGUCUCUUGCGGCUCGUCUGAAUGGUCUGGUCUGGAGAGAAUCAUUCUCCAUUGGUGUCCUGAUGAGUUGCAAAGGUCUUGUGGAACUUAUUGUUUUGAAUAUUGGUCUUCAAGCCCAGAUUCUUAGCGUCAGGACCUUUACCAUCUUUGUUGUCAUGGCUCUUCUCACCACCUUCUUCACAACCCCCGUCGUCUCCUUCCUUUACCCUCCUUGGUAUCAGAAGAAGAUUGCCGCCUGGAAGCGUGGCGAGAUCGAUUGGGAUACUGGUGCUCUGAUUACCCAAGUCAACGUCACACCUGGAUCAGAUGCGACCCCCGAGAGAGUUAGGCGGCUACUUGUUUACCUUAGGCUGGACAACAUGCCCGCGUUACUCAACCUUCUUUCGCUGUUUGGAAACUCUCACGCCAUAACCCCAACCGGAUCAUCCGAGGAAAGCUCAAAGAGAAAUUACGAGGACGCAAUGAAAGGCCCUGUCCGAGCUCAUGGUCUUCGACUCCUCGAAUUGACAGAUCGUGACUCUUCCGUCAUGACGGUGGCUCAGGUCGACGAAUACACCAGGCACGAUCCCGUUGUCAACAUCUUCCGCAGCGUCAGCCAGCUUCACAACAUCUCAGCCUCUGGAGAGGUUGCCAUUAUGCCAGAGGAUCGCUUUGCAGAGGCUCUGAUUUCCCGCUCAUCCAACAUGUCGUCAGAUCUCCUUCUCAUGCCAUGGACCGAGACGGGUAGCAUGGGAGAUGCGCAGAUUAUUGCCUCUGCAAAUGUCGAGGACAGGCUCGCAUCUACCUAUCUGUCGUUUGUCAGGUCGGUUCUCCGCUCCAUUGACCACAAUGUUGGCAUCUUCUUCACUCGAAGCCGAGACGACGUCAAGAACAAAGGCCAAGAACAGGCUAAUGCUCGCCGACAAUACUCGUAUGACGUCGCGAAACACGAGUUCCCGACUGCCCCCCUUGUUGCCCGCACUCAAAACAUCUUUUUCGUCUACUUUGGUGGACGCGAUGACAAUUUCGCUCUUCAACUGGUUAUACAACUGCUCGAGCGCGAGCGUGUAACUGCAACCAUCAUCAACGUUUCUGAGCUUUCUGAGAAGUCCGCAUCGGCAAGCGACAACAUUCUUGAUGCUGUCAUGGGCAAGCUUCCCCGUGAUACAGCUUCCCGGAUCAAGGUUGAGAAGUUUUCUGUUGCUCCCACGAUUGAAGAGCUGCUCAGCCAUGCCGACGCAGCUCCUGGCGCUACCGAGACAGAUGUCUCCAAUCCAACCUUGGUUGUAUUGAGCCGCAGUGGUGGAGUCAAGUUGGAUGAAGGAAAGCUUGCAAACAGGCCGAGAGAGGACGUGCAGAGCUGCUUGGGUACCCUUGCUUCCCACUUUGUUGCCAGCGGUGUGACGACAGAUCUGCUGGUUGUGCAGGCCAAGUUGGGCGCUGGUUCGUCAUGA